UUCACCUGGUGAGAGAGCUCAUCAUCACCAGGGAUUUCGUUCGUUCGUCCGCCGUUGAUUGAAUCUUCUGCUGGCUGGCUGACUUGCUGACUGAAUGAGAUUGAGGAGAGAGCGAGAACGAGUGGCUUAUGGAUGGAGACGGCCAGGCCACACAUGUGAAGACGGAGUCAGAAUCAACGCUUGCUGCUUGAAUGGUGUGGAAAACUAUUAUCAGUGAGAGAGAACCUACGACCACGGAAAAGCGAAUGAUGGGGUUCUUGGGAUUUUUGGCUCGCUCUUGCGCACACGACCAGAGCAGAAGUAUCGUCGUAUCAACAACACGGGGAUUUUCCUCCCGGGAGUCGUCGUCGUCUCUGUAGGGUUUCCUCAGCCACCUUGUUGUGGGCUUUGUGUGUGUCUUCCAACAUCGGAGAAGACAUCGUCGAAGUCGUCGUCGUCCGCGCGUGAGAUAGCUCUAGGAGGAACACUAGGUAUCAAACCUCCGUCGUAUGUAGAUAUCGCAACAACGUGCGGUCGACGUUCAUCGUUGUUUCGAUUGGAGUCUUCGCAGCCGCACCGAAUCGAGGUCUGCGGCCGCGCUGAGAAACGUCUUUCUCAAUUUCUCGCCGUUCAUAUCUGCCAAGACUGUCGAGGAGGAAACAUCUUUUCCUUUUCGGCUCCUCCUUUCAGCGUGCGUUGUUCGAUGUGAGAUCGUUCAUGCGGUCGAGGUUCGACUUGAAGUAAAACCGCAAAACUUGAAGGAAUAAACCGCGAUACGGACUGAUCAAAAGAGGACUUAGCGAGAAGUGAUCGUCUCAAGUGGCAGUAGUAACGUGGGUAUACGCGCGCGAUUAACCUAAGUUCCAGAACCUUCAAACCCUUUUGUGUUAGUUUUGAAAAAAAAAAUCAAAAAGAUAUGACAAGUGUUUACCGAAGAAGCAGAACUUGGACGGAUUAACCCUACUAGUGUAAACUGCCAAAAAGCAAACAGAAACCAAAUCAACCAUCGAAGAAGAAUAACCAGUCAACCGUGUGAGAAGAUUUUCCCGCCGUCGAAGAACGAACGGGUUCAAUUUUUCGAGUGGGCGGGUACCUCCCUAUAUGUGUGAUUAUCAAAGAAGCGAAACGAAACCGGAAAUUGAUCAUCAAAGUUGGCAUUGACAUGCCCGCUUCCUUGGAGAACGACAGCAACAACAACUGAGAAGGCGGCGACGAACGGAAUUCGGUCUCUUGCAAAAGUGAAAGGGGAUUCUCAAGGCCUCCUUGAAUGAUAUCCCCCAGUUUUGUGUGUGCGCGAUCGAAGCUGGAUUUUGCUAAAAAAAAACCUAAAUGAGUGACACGUCAAACAACAACCUUCUUCUCGUCUCCUGGAUUGUAUUCCGGAAGCUGUGAAGACCUUUCCAUGUGACACGUAACGAAACCAAGUUCUACAGAAAACCAAACGAAAAAAAAUGACAAACGGAUUAUGAUACCUUUGACACAGCGAAGCUGAAGCGGAUGAUUCACGACCCUUACGUUAAGAAGUGGAUUCAAAGUUUAACAGAUAAAAGUGCAAUUUCCCUUGAAACGAGAUAAGUUUAAUCUUUAAAAAGUGAAGCAAACUAACAACGAAAAAACACGUGCAGGAAACGUAAACGCGCAAGCCUGCGUGAUCCUAACUAGAUACACUAGAUACGCAGCCGUUUUUCUCCGCGGGCGGUUCAAGAUCUCAACCGUCCAAAAUGGAUCGACACCACCACGUGGCCCAUUCCGAUUCAGAUUCCCAGGAAGCGAUGGACAUCAGUUCCUCAACCCGUACCGAUAUCUCAAACAACAACAACUCAUCCCUGAGUCUACUGACCGGUAAAACCAGCCAGCUCACAAGUGCCGAUUCGGAUAAUGUCGACUCGGAUCAGGAAGAUCGACAGCAACGGCAUCAACGACACCAGCAACGCCAGCGACGCUCGGCGGCAGCUCUUUUCCAAUCGGCGGCCACGCGCCAUCCCGGCAGUCACAGCGCCCGCGAAAAUCUGCACGCCCUCAUGGACAACAUGCUGCGACGAAAGUUCCACACCCUGAACAAUAACAAUUACAGCAACAGCAGCCCGACAAACUCUUUGCUGCAUCAGCAUCUGGCGGCGGCAGCGGCAGCUUCGGUCGAAAACAACAACCACGUACUAGCGACAGCCACAACAGAUGGCGAAGACGAAGGCAAAAAGUACGUCUGCCCAAUCUGCGAUAACAUUUCAUCCACCAAGCAUGACUUCACGGAACAUAUCCGGUCCCACAACAACAACAAAACGGGCUCCUCCGGCGACAACGGAGAUGGACAGUUUGUGUGCAAAAUUUGCUCCAAAGUCCUCUCGUCGGCCUCGUCCCUCGAUCGGCACGUGCUGGUGCACACUGGAGAGCGUCCCUUUAACUGCAAGUACUGUAACCUCACCUUCACCACCAACGGAAAUAUGCACCGGCACAUGCGGACCCAUAAACAGUCCGAGCGAGAAAGCUAUGAAAGCGACGGUUCGACCGAUAGUGGAGGAAGCAGUGGUGCCAGCAGCGGAGUCUCCAACAACAAUAACAAUAGCUACAACAACAACUACGACGUCGAAGGCAAACGGAAGAGUACCGACGAAAAUGUCGGCUACAAACGAAAGAUCCGCAAUAUCAACAACAACAACAUCCUCGAGAGUGCGAUCACCGAAGGAGUUCAGAAGUUCUGCUGCCCCGUCUGUAUCCGUAACGAUUUCUCUAGCAUGCUAAGUCUGGAGAACCACAUGGAUCGGGAGCACCCCCAAAUCCCUGCCAAGUGCCGCCACUGUGAGGUCGUAUUCAAAAGCUACAAGGCGCUAAAUGCCCAUCGCUGUGGGAACAACAACUACCAGAACAUAACCCCCGGCUUCAAAGAUCUCACUUUUGUGGAUUUCUCUAGUGAAAAAUUUCCUCUUAUAGCUAAGAACAUGUGCGAGCAAAGCAUCCGAACUCCAGUCACCAGUCAAAAGUUCGAAUGCUCCAAAUGCUACCGAGCGUUCCCCUGCUCAAAAACGCUCGAAAUGCACAACAAAGAAUGCGGACUACCUCCCGAAUAUGGUACCCCAACAACCGGCGAAAAGCGAAAGUGGAAAACGAGCGAAGCCUCCUCCGAGGAAGAUCUCAAGCGAGACGAUUUCUUCGCCAACCUUGAUCUUCAAAACAAAACCAUGUCAUCAAACAUUUCCUCAAACGUCUCGGAGGCCCCAACGACACCUUCCUCCCUGGACAAAUCCUUCAGCUCCCCCAUCAUGAGUCGGGACAUCAAACAAGAACCCGGCUACUACCAACACAGUGGUGCCAACUUCCCGCAGCACCAAGACACCAAAGAUCUCGCCGACAUCCAAUCGAUCAUCAACGUCACCUCGUCCGGGGGUUUCUUCCGGCAGCUCGACAAAGACGCCUACAUUCCACUGAAAGACCAAGAAGAAGAAGCUCAAGAUGCCUUCACCUCCGAAUUUCGCAAAAUGAAACUUCGCGGCGAGUUCCCCUGUCGGCUAUGCUCGGCCGUAUUUCCCAAUCUGCGUGCCCUCAAAGGUCACAACCGGAUUCACGUCUCGGCUGCCGGCGCCGGUCCCUACCGAUGCAACAUGUGCCCGUACCUCAUCAACGACAAGGCCACCCUGAUCCGGCACAUGCGCACUCACAACGGUGAUCGACCGUACGAAUGCGCUCUCUGCAACUACGCCUUCACAACCAAAGCCAACUGUGAGCGGCACCUCCGAAACCGGCACGGAAGAACUACGCGAGACGAAGUCCGAAGGGCCAUCAUUUACCACCCCUCGGAAGACUCCAGCUGCGACGAUCCGCUCAAGAAGAUGCAGAUGUUCAACACCCCACCGGCCGGAGACUUCGAUCGCGAUUUGGACGAUCACCCGUCCGAUCGUAGCACCCCAGUCUCUCACCUCAAAGAAAUGCUCAUGCCCGUUCCGAUGAGCUUGGUCACCAAGAUCGACAAUACUCCUAUGCCAACGACGCCGGCCAAAAUCCAAGUCAAAAGCCUGGAGAAGCUGAACCAGCUGACUCCACCUCAAGAGCAGGAUUACGACAAGGCUACCCCCGAAACUCCAAUCUCCCAACAAAACGAUUCAACAGCUCGUCCCAUGGAUCUCAGCAUGGAUGCGCUGGAUCUGAGCAAGAAACCGGAACCCUUGGUAGUCCGCCAACCUGAACCAGAUCUCGAUUCCGAUCAUCCCCAUUCCGAUCUCGACGACGAUGAAGACGAUCACGGCGAUCACGACGCCGAAGACGAAGACGAGGAAGAACACAUGCAACAGGCGGCCAAAAUACCCAAACUCGAUCUGUCCGUGCUGGAGAAGCAACAGCUACUGAUGCAGCAAAAACUCCUUAGCGAAGCUUUCAGCAAAAUGGAUCCCGCUCACUACUUCCAGCUGAGUCAACUGUACAGCCGCUUCACCUUCCCCGGUACCCCUGCUUUCCCAUUGCACCCCCUGUUCCUGCAGAACCCACUCCUCUGUCCUCCGCUAGGGGACCUGAAAAGCUUCUUCCCCAAAGAGUUCCCCAUGAUGCCACAGAUGUCCGGCGGCAGUCUGAUAAGUAACCCCUUCAGCUCCCCCUCAGAAUCUCCCAAAGGACCGUCCUCGACACGGGAGCAAUCACCGAUACCACCUCCCAACAACAAUGAAAAGCAUGCUCAACAACUCCCCCUGGUACCGCAACCGGUGCUCCAGAAGUCACAGCAACAACUACCGCAGUCGCAGCCACCCCCACCACCACCACCUUCGAUGCCUAGCAAUCUCGUAUCCCAAAUGCCAAACAUCCCUCUCGGAAAUGGCCCAGUCAAAAUGGUCAUUAAAAACGGAGUCCUGAUGCCAAAGCAGAAACAACGCCGGUACCGAACCGAACGCCCGUUCGCCUGUGAACACUGCUCGGCUCGAUUCACGCUCCGCUCUAACAUGGAGCGGCACAUUAAGCAGCAACAUCCGCAGUUCUGGUCCCAACGCCAGCGAGGCGGCCAUCAUAUGAUGCGUGGGAGAGGUCAUCACCAUAUGCACCAUCAUUCUUCGCAUCAACACCAGUCUUCAUCGUCAACAACUCAUCCUUCGACCAUGGCAGCAGCUGCGGCGGCCGCUUUUGGCGGCAUGGGAAUUUCCGACCAGGUCAAGUACGCAAUCCUGGCUCAACAAUCCGGGAAGGCUGCAGCCGCAGGACAUUCGCCGGUAAGCUCUCGGCUUCCAGAUGAAUUGACGGCCCGAGGUAUGAGUAGUAUGCUGCAGAACAUUAUCGCUCAGCAGCAGCAGAGUUCUUUCGGUCACAACCUAAAUCAGGUGAUAAGUCCCGUGGCCACGAAGAUGGAUCAACAUCCGCAUAAACAGAUGAAUACGGCUGCUCCAGUUGCUCAAACUAAUGGUCAUGGGGCCGACGAUGAGGACGAGGAAGAAGACGAACAGGAGUUGGUGAUCGAUGAGGAAUUCCAUGCCGAGGAUUUGACCAGGGGUAAUGAAAGUGAGGAUGAUGAGGAUGAACCUGAAGAGGAGGAAGAAGUGGUUAAAGUCGCCGAACCGGUGAAACGAGAGAGUCCGGUGUUUCAGCAUCAGAUUCUGAAGCAGAAGUUGGAGGAAACCAAGAAGGAACAGCAGAGGCAACAGGCUGCGAAGGCCGUUGCCGAGGGUAUUCUGGAGGAAGCGAUCCGACAGCGGAAGGAGGUCGAGAAGGAGAUGGAAGAAGUGGAAAAAGAGGAAGUUAGCAACAAGGGUGGUUCGGACAGUGGCAAAGAGGAGGGUGAUCUGGUCCCGGUUUCGAAGUUGGUAGACAACGCAACGAGCGUAGCUCUGGAAAACUAUUUUAGCAGACCUGAGGUUCCUCUUUCGUCCCACGAGCAAAGCGACGAGGAAGGUUUGGUAGCGUCCGGUUCGGCUUCGGAAAGUAACAACUCCGGAACGGACGACCCGCACCCAUCCUCGGCUCAACAACAGAAGAAAAAAUCUGCCUACAGCCUGGCACCGAAUCGGGUCAGCUGCCCCUACUGCCAACGGAUGUUCCCGUGGUCCAGUUCCUUGAGGCGCCACGUCCUAACUCACACCGGCCAAAAACCCUUCAAAUGCUCUCAGUGCACCCUGCUGUUUACCACCAAAUCGAACUGCGAUCGUCAUCUGCUGCGGAAGCAUGGCGAUGUGGAGACGGCCAUGUCGAUUCCCGUUCCGAUAGAUGAUCUGCUGGAUCCAAAACCAGAACCGGUUCCGGUGGCCGUUGCUGAAGCCAUGGUCAAAUCGAAACCGACCCCGCCGACCUCAAGACCCGUUAGUCCGAAGCCACCUCAAUCGACGAUUCAAUCGGAGGAGGAUCGAGUGAAGGAGAAUGUGGUUGCUGAGGCUAAUGUUCCGGAGAAAGAACAACCCGAGUGUGAUCAGCAGGAAGAGGAAGUUGAAGUCCCAAAGGUUAAGGAAGAACCGAAGAUUGGCGGCGUGGAGGAAGCUAUUCCACAGGUCAACUCGGAUCUACCCUUCAAGUGUCACCUGUGCGAUAACUGCUCGUACGCCGAUCGCGUCUCCUGUCUGGAUCACAUCAAACAGUGCCACGGCCAGGAGUACGCUCUGCUCAUGAACAAAUGUACCCUGGAAGCAGAAAGCGAAGCUCCUUCUGGAUCACCGGACGACGACGAGAGCGGCUACAAUGGCGAGGGUGGUCGUAGUGGCGGCAAGUACCCUGACUAUGCCAAUCGGAAGGUAAUUUGCGCCUUCUGCCUUCGUCGCUUCUGGUCCACGGAAGACUUGCGGCGGCACAUGCGAACCCAUUCGGGCGAGCGACCUUUCCAGUGUGGCGUCUGUCAGCGACGCUUCACGCUCAAGCACAGCAUGUUGCGGCACCAACGGAAGCACAAGUGCGGCGGCAGCACCCGGCUCGGUAGCAGUAGCAAAAACGGAACCUCCGAGGACAUGAGCGACAGCGAUGAACAGGAUCAGCCCCUGAUGAUGACGAUGACCCAACCAUUGCCAAUGGUCACCCGUACCGGUGGAGGUCCUCCGAAGGUUCAGCUCAGUCAGUCGGAACAUCUGAUUGGAAAUUUGCUGGGCAUCAGCGAUCGAGGUAUCCUCAACCGGAUGCUGCUGGGGUCAGCUUCCGAUGCGGCCAAACUUCUCGGCGUAGAGAAGUAGGACCCCCACUACUGUUUUCACAGCAUCCUCCCAGGCUUGUAAGGUAGUUGUUUUUAUUUCUCGAGUAUGCUCUUGGGAAACGAAAAAAAACCAACGAAAAACGGUUCAACGCAGAAUUCUAGUCAAACAUAUUACAUUUUCAAUUUUAAGGAACCCGCCAAUUCUACUUAGAACUGUACUACUACUUGCUACUUUAAGAAGUAACCAACAACAACGUCUUUUCACAAAACAUUUCUCAUCGGUAGGAUUUUCAACGAUUGAUCUUUCUUUUUAAGAAGCCCAGCAGGUGUACAUAUGAAGAUUUCCAUUUGAAGACAAAGUAAAACUAAAAGAGACAUUAUAGAGUUUUAAGCUGAACCCGGUUAAGCUGCGAAUGCCUGACUUAACACAUCGCCAUAAUGUUUUAAUUUCACACAACGAUUAAGGGCGAUUUGUUCCCAGUUUG